AUAAUAUUUAUUAAAUUUUUGUAACUAAACAAGGCCUUAUCCGUGGAAUCUUUCAAACAUUCAGUAGUGGCGUAGAUACAGGUGUUCGGUAGCCCAUGAAAGCUCUCCCACGGCCAGCCCAAGACAGCCCUGGGCCCGGCCCGGUCCGGCCCCCGAGAGCUCCCGUGACUCCUUCCGCCUGGCCGUGGCCGGCGGCCGCCUCCCGCUCGGCGCUCGCUACUCGGUAGCCCCCCACUGUCGAAGUCGCCCCACGAGCGGACAGCGGACGGCCGCUACGUACGGCGGCGGCGCGGCGCCUAGGCGAGUCGGCGACAGCACGUCCGCGCACCAGCUGCGACGGCUCCAGGCGAGAGGGUCGCGACCGCCCCGCCGGCGCCGGCCCCCGACCGCCCCUUCUGCUGUCGGGAGCUCUUCUGCAGCCGGCAGGCAGCACCCCGCCCCAUUUUGAUUUGAUUUUCCAGGGAGAAAGGCGAGUCCUUUUGCGCCUAAGCUUGGACGCCAGUCUUGAGUUCGUUAAGGUCGACCUCACACCAGCGAGGCCAAGGCGUACUGCAUACAUCACACCUCAGAAAUCAGACCUCAAAGGAGGCUAGAAUGGAAAGAUAGAAAGAUGUGUCGGAGAGUAGUGCUGGAGCUAAAGAGAGCUGGACAUUCAUUACCACAUGACCGCCGCCACCGGCCACGUCACACGCUCCCUGAGCCCGGGAUGCGCUGCUGCUGCUGGCCGCCCUACGCCCGCUCAGGCGGGGUUCCUCGCCACCGCCACCUUCUCCCACCUCUACCAGCUAUGCGCCGGCGCCGGGCGCUCGGCCCUCGCCACGGGCCAGGCUGCGCACGCGCGGAUGCUCGUGUCCGGGUUCAUGCCCACCACGUUUGUCUCCAACUGCCUCCUCCAGAUGUACGCGCGGUGCGGGGGCGCUGCCCACGCGCGCGGGGUGUUUGACGUAAUGCCCCACCGGGACACGGUCUCGUGGAACACCAUGCUGACGGCGUACGCCCACGCAGGCGACACCGGCGCAGCUGCGUCCCUCUUCGGCGCGAUGCCGGACCCGGAUGUCGUGUCCUGGAAUGCGCUGCUCUCGGGCUACUGCCAGCGCGGCAUGUUCCGGGACUCGGUGGGCCUGUCUGUGGAGAUGGCUCGCCGUGGUGUCGCCCCUGACCGGACGACGCUUGCUGUCCUGCUCAAGGCAUGUGGUGGCUUGGAGGACCUGGCGCUUGGUGUUCAGAUCCAUGCGGUGGCGGUGAAGACGGGCCUGGAGAUGGAUGUCCGAGCCGGGAGCGCUCUCGUUGACAUGUAUGGCAAGUGCAGGAGUUUGGAAGACGCGCUCCGCUUCUUUCAUGGAAUGGGUGAGAGGAAUUCGGUCUCGUGGGGUGCGGCGAUCGCUGGAUGUGUUCAGAAUGAGCAGUACACGCGGGGGCUGGAGUUGUUUGUGCAGAUGCAGAGGUUGGGACUUGGGGUCAGCCAGCCGGCUUAUGCCAGUGUCUUUAGAUCCUGUGCAGCGAUCACAUGUCUGAGCACUGCUAGGCAGUUGCAUGCACAUGCCAUAAAGAAUAAGUUUAGUGCUGACCGUGUUGUUGGGACAGCAAUCGUCGAUGUGUAUGCAAAGGCUGAUAGCUUGGUUGAUGCUAGAAGGGCAUUCUUUAGUUUGCCUAACCAUACUGUGCAGGCAUGCAAUGCCAUGAUGGUUGGGCUUGUGCGCACAGGGCUAGGAGCUGAGGCCCUGCAACUGUUUCAGUUCAUGACCAGGUCUGGCAUUGGUUUUGAUGUAGUUAGCUUAUCAGGUGUUUUCAGUGCUUGUGCUGAGGUUAAGGGGUACUUGCAAGGGUUACAAGUCCACUGCUUAGCGAUUAAAUCAGGUUUUGAUGUGGAUGUUUGUGUCAGAAAUGCAAUUCUGGAUCUAUAUGGGAAGUGCAAAGCAUUAGUAGAAGCGUACCUUGUAUUCCAGGAGAUGGAGCAAAGAGAUUCAGUGUCUUGGAAUGCUAUUAUUGCAGCUCUCGAGCAGAAUGAGUGUUAUGAGGAUACUAUAGCUUAUCUAAACGAAAUGCUGCGCUAUGGUAUGGAACCUGAUGAUUUCACGUAUGGUAGUGUUCUUAAGGCUUGUGCAGGUCUACAAUCUUUGGAAUAUGGGUCGGUGGUUCAUGGCAAAGCUAUCAAAUCUGGACUUGGUUUAGAUGCUUUUGUUUCAAGCACUGUUGUUGACAUGUACUGCAAAUGUGGCAUGAUAACAGAGGCUCAGAAACUUCAUGAUAGAAUUGGGGGGCAAGAACUUGUUUCGUGGAACUCCAUCAUAUCAGGAUUUUCACUCAACAAGCAGAGUGAAGAAGCACAGAAAUUCUUCUCGGAGAUGCUAGAUAUUGGUGUAAAGCCUGAUCAUUUUACUUAUGCCACCGUUCUUGAUACUUGUGCUAAUCUGGCUACCAUUGAGUUGGGGAAACAGAUCCAUGGUCAGAUUAUCAAACAGGAAAUGCUUGGAGACGAAUAUAUCUCUAGCACUCUUGUAGACAUGUAUGCCAAGUGUGGGAACAUGCCAGACUCACUGCUGAUGUUCGAGAAGGCACAGAAACUGGAUUUUGUAUCAUGGAACGCUAUGAUAUGUGGCUACGCACUCCAUGGCCAGGGAUUUGAAGCCCUAGAGAUGUUUGAGAGGAUGCAGCAAGCAAAUGUUGUGCCAAACCAUGCAACUUUUGUUGCAGUUCUGCGGGCAUGUAGCCAUGUUGGUCUGCUAGAUGAUGGAUGCCGGUAUUUCUAUCUGAUGACCAGCCGCUACAAAUUGGAACCUCAACUGGAACACUUUGCUUGCAUGGUUGAUAUACUAGGACGCUCAAAGGGCCCACAGGAAGCCCUAAAAUUUAUUAGAAGCAUGCCUCUUGAAGCAGACGCUGUCAUAUGGAAGACUCUGCUAAGCAUUUGCAAGAUCCGUCAAGAUGUUGAAGUGGCUGAAACUGCUGCUAGUAAUGUUCUACGGCUAGAUCCAGAUGAUUCAUCAGUUUACAUUCUCCUCUCUAAUGUAUACGCUGAAUCAGGGAAAUGGGUUGAUGUUUCAAGGACUAGAAGGCUAAUGAGGCAGGGACGGCUGAAAAAGGAACCUGGUUGUAGCUGGAUUGAGGUGCAAUCUGAGAUGCAUGGUUUCCUUGCGGGCGAUAAGGUCCAUCCCAGAUCAAGGGAGGUGUAUGAGAUGUUGAAUAAUUUGAUUGUUGAGAUGAAACUCUCUGGAUAUGAGCCUGCAUCAGCGUUGUUUGCUGAGGUUGAUGAAGAGGGGAGCACAUCUGAGCAAGAUUCUCAAGAUGACUUGGUUGGAGUCGGUGGUGAUUAAAGUGUUUUGUGUGAAGAUGUCAAUAGCAUUAUGAAGAUUUGACCUUUUGUGUAAAUUUGAUAGAUUACUCCAGCAGAGAUAGUGAUACUACAUAGGACACUGAGGCAGAAACUAAAAAUUUUCUACAUGGACAUGUCAUGUAAGCGUAUUCUUGUUGAUCUUAGGAUGCAUGGAACUGACGUCUGUUGGCGUGAAAGCAAGUCAUGAACAUGUCUGUAAUUUUGGCAUUAUGAGGACUGAUUCUAGAAAAUACACCAGCCAAAAAAAAGAGAAAGAAAACAAACUGGCCACAUCUUGUUUUAUUAUAUAAUCUGAUAGAUAAGCCAGUUAUGGUUCUUUCCACCAUUUGUACUGAUUCUGGCUUGUAUACAGGUAAAUGAAUCAAAUUGGCAGAAGUGUAGAUGCAUUCACCAUUUCCUUUCACAUCAUCAAAAAAUUGCUGGUUUUGUUAAAAAUACUAUUGGCUCUCU